AUGGAGAAUCUACCUCCUGGUUAUCGUCCUAAUGUUGGUGUUUGUCUAAUUAACUCGGAUAAUCUGGUUUUUGUAGCUUCGAGAUUGAAUGUUCCUGGAGCAUGGCAGAUGCCACAGGGAGGCAUUGAAGANGGAGAGGAUCCAAACUCAGCAGCCAUGAGAGAGUUGCAAGAAGAAACUGGAGUCGUUUCAGCUGAAAUCAUUGCCGAGGUUUCUACUCUUAAUUCAGAGACUUAA